AAGACAAUAGCUACUAGCGGCGCGGGUGCAUAGGCGUAUAGGACUAGUGGGUGGUGGUACCUAUGGAAGGGCGAAUCGGAGUAGCGGAGUCGUCGGCAACUUUGUCUGAGUUAGUUGUUGAUUCGGGUCUCAAUAGGCAUCCAAGUCUAAUUCACAAUCGCAACGGUACUAUCUCAACUACAACUACACAGUGUAAGGAAAAUGGUCGAUGGGGGAAUGUGGUUCUUGCGUACAAGACACUGGGAGUAGUAUUUGGGGGACUUGUAACAUCCCCAUUGUAUGUAUACCCAUCAAUGCCAUUGAAGUCUCCAACUGAGGAUGACUACUUGGGAAUCUACAGUAUCAUGUUUUGGACCCUUACUCUAAUUGGAGUUGUCAAGUAUGUCGGCAUAGCCCUCAAAGCUGAUGAUCAGGGUGAAGGUGGAACAUUUGCCUUGUACUCACUACUAUGUAGAAAUAUGAAAGUUGGAAUUGUUUCCUCAAGAAACACGAGUUCAAACUCAAGUAUUUCAUGCUCCGUCUUGCGUGAAGGCACAGAAAAUAGAAGUAGGCUUGGUAAAUUUUUUGAAAGAAGUAUAGUUGCUAGAAGAAUAUUGCUUUUCGUCGUAAUACUUGGCAUGUGCAUGCUAAUUGGGGACGGUAUACUUACACCUGCAAUCUCAGUUUUAUCAGCAAUGGACGGAAUAAGACAACCUUUUCCUUCUGUUAGCAAAUCUCUGGUUGAGGCUUUUUCCUCGAUAGUUCUGGUUGUUAUUUUCCUUAUGCAGAAGUUUGGAACCUCUCGAGUUAGUUUCCUCUUUUCUCCCAUCAUGUUGGCAUGGACUUUGAGCACUCCUGUUGUAGGAAUUUAUAAUAUAACACGCCAUUACCCUAGCAUAUUCAAGGCUUUAUCUCCACUCUACAUUAUACAUUUCUUUGGAAGAAAUGGAAAAGAAGGCUGGCUGUUGCUUGGGGGAACUGUCCUCUGUAUUACAGGUUCUGAAGCAUUGUUUGCAGACCUCGGUCAUUUUAACAAGAGUUCCAUACAGAUGGCCUUUCUGUUUACGAUCUAUCCAUCCCUGGUUCUGACUUAUGCGGGACAAACAGCAUACCUUAUCCAAAAUCUUAAUGAUCAUGAUGAUGGGUUUUACAAGUUCAUACCUGGUAAAGUUUACUGGCCGAUGUUUGUCAUAGCCACAUUGGCCGCAAUUGUUGCAAGCCAGUCUUUGAUAUCUGCGACCUUUUCUGUCAUCAAGCAAUCUGUGGUAUUGGAUUAUUUCCCACGGGUCAUGGUGGUUCACACAUCUACUAGAAAGGAGGGCGAGGUCUACUCCCCGGAAGUCAAUUAUAUCCUCAUGGUGCUGUGUGUUGCUGUCAUACUUAUUUUUGGAGAUGGAAAAGAUAUUGGAAAUGCUUUUGGUGUUGUUGUUAUCCUUGUUAUGCUCAUCACCACGAUAUUACUGACAUUAGUCAUGAUCAUAAUAUGGAGAACUCCAUUGCUGGUGGUUUCCCUUUACUUCACUGUAUUUUUUACAAUGGAAGGUAUUUACAUGAGCGUAGUGUUCACUAAGAUUCCAGAAGGUGGAUGGAUACCAUUUGCCAUAUCAUUUAUACUAGCCUUCAUUAUGUUUGGCUGGUUCUAUGGGAGGCAGAGAAAGAUCGAAUACGAGUUAACUCAUAAGAUAGACUUGGGAAGACUGGGGCUGCUAUUAUCCGAUCCGUGUGUCCAAAGAGUUCCUGGUCUGUGCUUCUUUUACACUAACAUUCAAGAUGGACUGACUCCAAUACUUGGUCAUUAUCUUAAGAGCAUGAAAUCUCUGCACAAGGUCACUAUAUUCACCACACUUCGGUACCUCCUGGUGCCUAAGGUUGCUCAACAUGAGAGGCUUGUCGUCAACAAGCUAGGCCUUGAAGGCGUAUAUGGUUGUGUGAUACAGUAUGGCUAUGCAGACUCCCUAAAUCUUGAGGGAGAUGACUUUGUAACUCAAGUCAGUGACAGUUUGCGGAUACAUCUGCAAAAUUGCUCAGGAGAAUUUCAAAAUGAUUCGCGGGAGCUCCAAGAAGAGAUUUAUGCAUUGCAAGAAGCAAAAAUAGCUGGUGUUGUUCACAUUCGUGGGAAGACGAGGUUCUAUAUUGGUAGUAACUGUACCUGGUUUGAUAGAAUGAUGCUUGCCUUCUAUGAGUUCUUGCACAGCAAUUGCAGGUCUGGACUCCCAGCUCUAGGGGUGCCACCGCCGCAACGUAUUGAGGUUGGAAUGCUGUAUGAGGCUUGAUUUUGGUUCCUUCCUGCUUGUAUUUUAUUGUAUGCUUGGCGGUGGACAUUGCUGGCACUGAGAAGGUGGGAGGGUUAGGAGCAUUCUGAUAAAAAAAAUGUUCCUAUUUUUUGUUUUUGGAUAGGCAACACAGCAAGAAAUAUAUGGAUAACCAGAAACCAAGUACAAAAGGGCAUCCGAGGAUGGCCAAGAUAAGAGUAACCGGUGAUGGGGACUUUACAUGUAAAUAAUAACAAUAAAUGAUUUUUUGAAUUUUAUGGACAGCUUCUCUG